CCGAGACGAAGCAGCUCCGCGCGGCCUUCGUGCCGGUGUCGCCCACGAAGUGCCGGACCGCCAUGUGCGAGGAGACGGACUUCGAGUUCCACGGCCACGAGAAGAACUACUGCGGCGGGAGUAUUUCCACCGACAUUUUCUCCGUCUACCGCUGGCACGUGUGCGACAAGAAAACUCCCCUGGACAACCCGGUCGACAACAAGUGCCGGUGCGACUUCGGCCUCGGCGCGACGGGGGUCGACUGCCAGGUGGACAUGGCCACCAAGUUAUCGGCAUGGCAAAUUAUAAGAUAUUAUCUGGGUCUGGAAUAAAACUGGUGCACCGCCGCUUGUCUUCAUGAGCAUUUUACAUGACCCAAGUUGUCUACUGCGGUGUAAAUGCAUGCUAUAGCGUCACAGAAGAUUUUCCGAUUCCUUCUUGAUGCCUCUCUCGCAUCGAACACGCCCUCUCCGCGGAGCAAAAACUGAACUCCGCCUACUGCUCAGGCAAAAAUACCAACUCCUUUAGAAUCGAAAAGAAGCAUCAGAAGUUUCGUUCAGACUUCCGGACCCAGGAAGAGACAUAUUUGCAAUGCAUACAAGUGUAUGGAAUGCAACGAGGGGUACCAUUUGAACGACACGGACCUGCACAGCGAGUACAUCGACUGUCUCGAGUAUCAAAAGAAAAAAGCUCGUCACGAUCACUCAUGGGCAUUUUUGCAAUACAAAAUUGUCUGUCAUGCGUAAAAAUCCAUCACAGCCACACUUCAUAAGGGAUUUUCCUAGUGUUUCUGCAAUACAAGGAGAAGUUGUGACGCUAAAAAGAUUUGUAAUGCAAAGCCUGCAACUUAGUGACUGUGACAAACUUUUUUCAAUCCAUAUCGAGAACGUCUGCAC